AUAUGAAUGAAUGAAUGAAUUGCUGCAAUGCAAGGUCUCAAUAUAAUAUAAUAAUUAAUAACCACUCUUUUCCGGUCAUUCACCGCCGGCAAUGGCCACCAUCUUCCACUUGUUCCUCCACUUGUUCACUCUCAUCCUACUGGUCCAAUCCAGAUUAAACCUCCAAACCACCGACCAUGAAGCCCUCAUAUCAAUCCACAACAACUUGGGGAUCACCACCGGCUCCACCAGCAUUUGCAACGCCGCCGGAAUAUUCUGUGAACGGAGAAUUUCCAACAACACCACCGUCCUCCGCGUCACACGCAUAGUCUUCAAACACCGCCGCCUGAGAGGCUCCAUCUCUCCGGCCAUCGGAAAACUCUCAGAACUGAAAGAACUCUCCUUACCAAACAACCACCUUGUGAACCAAAUCCCAUUUGAAAUCACAAACUGCCGGAAACUUGAAGUUCUUAACCUUCAGAACAAUAGAUUUUCCGGCAAAGUCCCAGGCGGUUUAUCCUCCCUCGUCCGGCUUCGAAUACUAGAUAUCUCGUCCAACCAGUUUUCUGGGAAUCUUGAUUUCUUGAAGUAUUUCCCCAACCUUGAGAAACUGUCUCUUGCUAAUAACAUGUUUUCCGGAAGAGUGCCGGAGUCAGUACGGUCGUUUAGAAACCUCAGGUUUUUUAACGUCUCGGGCAAUAGUUUGUUAGAAGGCCCAAUACCGGUGAUGAAUCAGUUGGAAUAUAACAACUUUCCAAAUCAUCGAUACAUGUUAGCAGAAUCUAACGAAACAGCAGCAGCAGCAGGUGAUAGUAAUAAUAAUAAUGAUCUACAAGCUCCAGCACCGUCUCCUACUACCUCCCCGGUAGCAAAACAUAAACAUAAAACUAGCAAGGCAAAGAAAAUCAUACGUUGGAUCCUCGGAUUUUCCGUUGGAGCAGUAGCUGGAAUAAUAUGCGGGAUAAUUGCUUCCAUACUGUUUAAGUUGAUUUUGAACCUGAUUAGAGGGAAAAAGAACGAUUUCGGCCCUACCAUUUUCAGUCAGUUGAUAAAAGCGGAAGAUCUCGCCUUCUUAGAGAAGGAUGACAGUGUAGCAUCUCUUGAAAUUAUUGGAAGAGGCGGCUGUGGAGAGGUGUACAAGACGGAAUUACUCGAUAGCAAGAUCAAAACAAUUGCUAUCAAGAAGGUGAUUCAGCCUCCAAAAGAUGCUGCUGAGCUCACUGAAGAGGACACAAAGCUUCUUCACAAGAAAAUGCGACAAAUUAAAUCAGAAAUUCAAACUGUUGGCCAGAUCAGGCACCGGAAUUUACUUCCGUUGCUAGCCCAUGUUUCGCGGCCGUAUUGUCAUUAUCUGGUUUAUGAGUUUAUGAAAAAUGGGAGUUUACAGGAUAUUUUACAACAAGUUAAAGAUGGUAGCCGAGAAUUGGAUUGGCUGGCGAGACACAAGAUCGCGCUAGGGGUUGCAGCCGGGCUAGAGCAUCUCCACACGAGCCAUACGCCUCGUAUCGUUCAUAGAGAUUUGAAGCCGGCCAAUGUUCUUCUUGAUGAUGACAUGGAAGCUCGUAUUGCGGAUUUUGGGCUUGCAAAAUCUAUCCCGGAUGCUGACACGCACAUGACGAGUUCCAAUGUCGCUGGUACUCUAGGGUACAUCGCGCCUGAGUAUCAUCAAACGAUGAAGUUUACGGACAAAUGUGAUAUUUAUAGUUUUGGGGUGUUGUUGGCGACUUUGGUGAUGGGGAAGCUUCCAUCGGAUGAGUUUUUUCAAAGGACGUCUGAGAUGAGUUUGGUGAAAUGGAUGAGAAAUGUGAUGACUAGUGACGAUCCAAAACAAGCGAUUGACCCGGGUUUGAUGGGAAACGGGUAUGAGGAACAAAUGCUUCUUGUUCUAAAGAUUGCAUGCUUUUGUACACUCGAUAAUCCGAAAGAGAGGCCUGAUAGUAAAGAUGCUAGAUUGAUGUUGGCUCAGAUCCAACAUUAAUUAAUAUACAAGUCUGUGAAUCUAGAAUAAGGAUGCAUAAAAAUUAUACAUAGGUUUCCAUAUUAGGUAUUAUGUAAGAUGAAAGUUUUUAUUCCUGGUAUGUUCAAUCCAAAUGUUCGUUUGUAACAUGUUUUAUAUCAUAAUAAUCUUUUCUUCUUAAAGUAUUCGUA